AUGGGCCCAUCGAAGCGAGCUGUCGUCGCCCAACGCCCGUCCCGCUGCUUCUCUCGCUUCUUCGUCUCGCUGCACACUCUCGCUGGAGCUCUAGCUACUGCGAUGCCGCGCCCACAGAGGAAAGCUUCCGCCAGCGCCAAGUACACGGUCGACCCGCCGAGCGACGACGAGGGAGACGACGAGGUCCGGGAGGUCAAGGCGGGAGUGAGGAAGGGGAAACGCAGGGCGAACGGGGCUGCUGACGAGGGCCAGGACACUGACUGGAAGGCAGCUGAACCUCCGAAGAAGCGCGGCAGGACUAAUGCUGGCGGAGGCGGACGUAGGCGUGCCAAGCUCGAGAGCUUUCAGGCGAUGCCGAUGGACGUGCUCGUCGAGAUCGCCCGCCACCUCGACCCGCUCACGCUCCUGCACAUGUCGCGCGCGAACAAGAUGAUGCGCCAUGUCUUCGCCCGUCGCGCUUCGAAGCCCAUCUGGCAGAUCGUCCGGAACAAUUUGGGCAUGCCGGCGCUCGAAGCGACCGACAUGACCGACAUGCAGCUCACUGCGCUUUUGUUCGACAAGGAGUGCCGCAUCUGCGGUCGCGGUCGUUCGGUCAUCACUGAUUACUGCUUGAGGAUGCGUUGGUGCAAAGACUGCAAGAAAGCCAACCUGCUCCCCGAGUCCAAGCUCGUCAAGGAGCUGAAACAACGGUACACCCUGCAUCCGAAGCUGCUCCAAUGCGCGCUCUACACUCUCGACUCGCCGUCCGGCUACAACAGCAAGAACCGCCACUACUACUGCCAGGCUGCCGUCAUCCAGAUCAAUAAACGCCUGAACGAGCUCGAACAAGCUGUCAACGAUGCGCGACGCAAGCCCGCGCCGGUCAAGGACGCCGCCAAAGCUGCGCUCGAGGCUUUCAUCGCCGACAAGUCGACCGCUGCGAGGGCGAGCUUCAAGGACGGUCAGAAGCUGCGCCUGUGGGAGCGCGACUAUGCAGACCGUCGAAAGGAGGCGGACGAGAAUGCUCGCAUCGCGCGCCGUUCAGCUGUCGAGGAGCGCGUCCGCGCACUCGGCUACGAAGACGCUGACUGCAACUCGUGGAAUUGGUACGAUGCGUAUCGUCUGGUCGACCAACCCGUUCGUCUCACCGAUGAUAUCUGGGCGAGCAUCUCGAGCCGCAUUAUCGCUGCCGUCGACACCAGCAGGCGCAAGCGAAUCGUGAAGGCUGCGGAGGAGAGGCUGAACCAGCGAUACCUGAACGUCAAGCCGCUAUACAGCUCGCUUCGGUCCGGACAAGGCCUCGACUAUCCCGCCUUUUCCGACUUCGCCUGCUUCCCGUCCGUCACGCAACUAUGGAUGCCCGAAGACGCGCUGAUUCCCGGCACUCUUGACAAGACGGUUAAAAACGCGAUCGCCGCCGACGUCGCCAAGGCCAAGCUUAUCGUCAAGCUCGGGUUCGCGUGCAGUCUCGCCAAGGCGUACGAGGAACAGGGACUUACGAUGGAGGGCGGACUCGCCGCUACGCUCAAGACAUUGCCGCCGACUCGCAUUGCGGCGGACAUCAAAGUCACGACCGAGUUUGGCGACACCGCGCUCACCCCGUACACGAAUUGGUGGGCUCCGAAGCAGGCGCUCAACUUCGAGGCGUUCGACGACAGCAUCUACGACCUCGAGGCCGACGUCGACGCGCUCCUCCGCCGCUUCACCAGCCUUUUCCGUUGCCCGAACAACUGCGGCAAGCCUCUUCCUUACCGGCAAUUCCUCGACCAUGCGGAAAACCACAGAAGGACUGAAGGUCUCGUUCGAUACGAGGAGUUCAAGCACCUCGCUCUCGUCCACGAGGUCCUCAAGGAGACAGGCCUGCCCAACCUCGUCGGCUCUAUCGCUACGCUCGACAAGUCGGACUGGCGGUUCGACUGUCUCAACUGCAAGUGCUCGCCGGGUUACUGGCAGGUGCGCAACUGGACAGGUGCGAAGAACAUGACCUGGUCGAGCUUCGUGCACCACAUCUCGCGCGACCACAUUCCUCAAGAUCCGCCCAAUAUGCGCAUCUUCCGCAAGAACGAGCGCCAGCCUGCAGCAGCGUCCGCCUCGUCGGCUGCCCGAAGCUGA